AUGAAGGAUCAUUUGCGCGAAUGGAUUACAGAGCAGCCUGCUCUGAAGGCAAAGCACCUGUUCACGAAGUUAGAGGCUGCUCACGCCCGGGGUGAAUUUGGCGAUGUGCCUCUACCUAGCCUGGCGCAAGUCCAGGAAGUCGUGAAGUAUAUCACGAAGAAGUUCAUGAUCCACGCGAGCACUGUAGCGGCUGUCCAAGCUGUAAUUGUGCAGCACGGAAUGCCGGACCAUGCGGAUGAUGCGAACGCCCACGAACCAUUUGUUUUUGGUGUCGCAACUGACAACGGCGUUACAACGUUCGACCUACUUCAUCAGUAUCGCGCGGCAUGCCUGGGCAAUCCAGAUGUUCGAAUUCUGUGCCAUGUGGACACGACGUUCAAAACCAACAAGUCGGGCCUCAGCUCCUGA